AAAAAAGCUCCAUGAGAGAAAAGGAAAAAGCUUUAGCUAGCUCAAAAGCCCUCCCUCUCCUCAAAAGCCUCUCUUAAAGCUUUAAGAAAGUUGAUUGCAGAAAGCAAGAGCUUUCCCCCCUCCAACCCCUCUCCCGUCUCUCUCUCCAUUAUCUCCUCCUCCUCCUCUGACUCUCUCUCUCUCUUUUUCUCUCUCUAAAGCUGAAAGCCUGAAAGCCUGAAACCCACCCACUAUGUUAUUCCAACUGCUAGCUGUACAAGUGUAGGGAUUGAUUUGCUUCUAUCUCCCUUGGUAAGUUUCAUAUAGUGGACUCUCACACCAAACUCAUUCCACCUUAUGUUGGCCAACAACAACCACACCAACACUACUACUGCCUCCUCUGCUGCUCCCUCAUCUUCCUCUGAUCAUCAUCAUCAUGUCUUCCCUCCCUUAGAAAAUGGAGUACCACCGCCCCCCACCACGCACAAAAGAAAACGCCGACCCGCCGGCACCCCUGAUCCGGAUGCCGAAGUUGUGUCCCUCUCCCCGAAAACACUACUGGAAUCAGACCGUUAUGUAUGCGAGAUCUGCAACCAGGGCUUCCAGAGAGACCAGAAUCUACAGAUGCACAGAAGAAGACAUAAGGUGCCUUGGAAGCUGCUGAAGCGGGAAAUACAGGAUCAGGUGAAGAAGAGAGUGUUUGUCUGCCCGGAGCCGAGUUGUCUCCACCACGACCCUUGCCACGCUCUCGGCGAUCUUGUCGGAAUCAAGAAACAUUUCCGGCGGAAACACAGCAACCACAAGCAAUGGGUGUGCGACAAGUGCUCCAAAGGCUACGCCGUACAAUCCGAUUACAAGGCCCAUCUCAAGACCUGUGGCACCAGAGGACAUUCCUGCGACUGUGGCCGUGUGUUUUCCAGAGUGGAGAGUUUCAUUGAGCACCAAGACACUUGCAGCGUGCGACAUGUUGUCCGACCAGAACUGCAGGCCCUCCAGCCGGCGACUGCCUGCUCAUCACGAACAGCGUCGAGCACUAGUCCCUCCAGCGACGGCCAUUUCAGCAUUAAUAACAACAAUGCACCUCAUCCGAUGCCCGGAUUAACAGUAAUGCCAAAGCCGAAUGAGCAACCCGUUGUGUUCAUAAGGUCUCACGAGGGUCAUGAUGGUAAUCCUUCCCCUUCUAACCGCCACCAACAGCAACAGCCACAAGAACAUGAACAAGAGCAUAUGCUGGAACUUAAACUCCUUCCAUCUUCAGACGCACAAACGUCUCCUCGAAACGAAGAAGAAAACUACGCAACGCGUUUGAAGCUUUCCAUAGGCGGAUCAUCGCACAGCGGCGAUCAAAAUAACGAAUCACCUCGAUGCUCUUCAAGGGAAAUGAACACAAACAUUGGCAUUGGUGGCGGAGCAAGUUGGGAAGUAGCGAGGUUGAAAGACAUUGCCUCGGAGGAGUUGAAGUUGGCCAUGUCAGAAAAGGCCUAUGCCGAAGAAGCAAGACGAGAAGCCAAGCGGCAAAUAGAGAUGGCAGAGGUGGAAUUCGCAAACGCAAAGAGGAUCAGGCAACAAGCGCAGGCGGAGCUUCAAAAGGCUCAGCUACUAAAAGAGCAAUCCACCAAGAAAGUCAGCUCCGCCAUUAUGCAAAUCACUUGUCCAUCUUGCAAGACACACUUCCAUGCCGGAGUGGGACCCUCCGUCGGCGAGACGACCAGCUCCCUCGGCCUGAGCUACAUGUCGUCCGCCACAACCGAAGGUGAAGGAGGAGAGCAAUGAAUCAUGAGUAAUCGAUCAUUACCACCCACAACAUGCACUAGCUGUUAAUUCAAAGGGGCAUUCAAUUUGUUU